AUGGUUCUAUCAGACCGUGCAAUGAGAGCAGUGAGAGAGGUGGAUCUGGAGGAGGGCGAGGCUACCUUCCAGUUCCGCCCCGACCGCACGUACUACCCUGGGCAGACCUACUCCGCUGAGGAGCUGGACAUAUCCCAGCCCCUUCCCGACGGCCCGGGGGAAACGCGGCGCAAGCUGCCCACCCCCACCACCAAGGAGGCCCUGCGCGCUGCUGACUUCCGGAACGUGCGCUUCCUGUCACAAUUCAUCUCUGAAACUGGCAAGAUUAAACCCAGAAACAAGACUCGUCUGUCUGCCAAGGCGCAGCGUCGCGUGGCUCGGGAGAUCCGAACCGCCCGGGUGUUUGGGCUCAUGCCGUUCACGCAGGCAGGCCGGCCGCCGUUUAGGUUCGGCAAGGACCCGAACCUGGAGUCAGGGGAGCUGGAGCAGGAGGAACUUGAGCUGGCAGCUGCUGUGGAGGAUGUGAAGGAGCUCAAGGCCAUGGCCGGGAGAUAG